UUCAAUAUUAUUUCAUUUCAAAUGAUUUAAUUUUAUCAAAUUUCAUCAUUUUUUGAAAUUUCUGAAUCAAAAAUAUGAAUCGACCACAAUAUAUCAGUCAAAUGCCACCGCCUCCACCACCAUCAACCGGGCAGAUGAUGUCACCUAAUGUGGCAAUACAAGGACCACCAUUAUCGAAUCAUCAAAUGCCACCACAGCCAAUAUCGAAUUCAAUGCGACCACCACCACCGCCCGGCAAUUCAAUGAUGCCACCACGUCAAUAUCCUCCGCAACAUCAAGUACGUAUGGGUCAUCCGAUGGCAGGUGGUGGUCAAUAUCCAUCAUCACCAAAUCGCCCACCAAUGGUUUCAUUGCCACAAUCAGGUCCACCCCAACCAUCACAAUCACCAAUGCAUUCUGGUGGUAAACGGUCGGCUGCCCAAGCCAUGGUAAAUCCUGGAAUGAAACAAAUGUCUGGUGGUGGCGGUAUUGUACCACCAAAUACAGUUGCACCGGGUUCAAACGCAUCGAUGCAUGGUCCAAUAGCAAAAAAGAAGAAAAAAAUUUCUGAUAAAAUUCUGCCCCAAAAAGUUCGUGAUCUUGUUCCAGAAUCACAAGCUUAUAUGGAUUUGAUAGCAUUCGAACGUAAACUUGAUUUCACUAUCAUGCGUAAACGAAUGGACAUACAAGAAGCAUUGAAAAAACCAAUCAAACAGAAGCGAAAAUUACGUAUAUUUGUCACGAAUACAUUUUAUCCAGGAAAAAAUGAUCCCGAAGGUAAUGAAGAACCGAUUGUACCAUCAUGGGAAUUACGAGUAGAGGGCCGAUUAUUGGAUGAUAAACCAGAUAGUUCAUCAAGUUCAAAAGCAUUACAAAAACGAAAAUUUUCAACAUUUUUCAAAAGUUUAGUUAUAGAAUUGGAUAAAGAACUUUAUGGACCGGAUAAUCAUCUCGUUGAAUGGCAUCGAUCAGUGAAUACGGCUGAAACAGAUGGUUUUCAAGUGAAACGUCCUGGUGAUCGUAAUGUACGUUGUACCAUUCUAUUCUUGCUUGAUUAUCAGCCAAUGCAAUAUAAAUUGGAUCCAAGAUUGAGCCGUUUGUUAGGUAUUUAUGCAAACACAAGACCCGUUAUCAUUCAAGCCUUUUGGCAAUAUGUGAAGAAAAAUCGACUUCAAGAUACACAUGAACGUGAAUAUAUCAAUUGCGAUCAAUAUUUGGAACAAAUAUUCAAUGCAAAACGAAUUAAAUUUGCUGAAUUUCCAAGCCGUCUGAAUCAUUUCCUACAACCACCUGAUCCUAUUAUAAUUAAUCAUCAGAUAGUGAUUGAAGGACAUUUGGAUUCAUUAAAAAAAGUUUCCUGUUAUGAUAUUGAAGUUGAAGUGGAUGAUCCAUUAAAAUCACAGAUGCAAAAUUUUUUACUUUCCAUUGCAUCACAACAGGAAAUAUUGGCUUUAGAACAGAAAAAUCAUGAAACAGUUGAUUCAAUCAAUCAUCAUAAAACAAGCAGAGAAUUUUAUCUUGGAUUUGCAUCCGAUCCACAACAAUUUAUACAUAAAUGGCUUAUUUCACAAGUUCGUGAUCUUAAGGUUAUGACUGAUCAAAGUGGCAAUCCUGAAGAGGAACGACUUUCCGAUUUUUUCUAUCAACCAUGGACACAAGAAGCUGUAUGCCGUUAUUUCUACAGUAAAGUACAACAGCGAAGAAUUGAAUUAGAACAAGCAUUAGGUAUUCGUAAUUAAAUAUUAUUAUCAUCAUCUUGAAAAAAUCUACAUAAUGACCAUAUUUGAAAACAAAAAGGAAAAUUAUUUGAUCUCUAUUCGUUUUUUCGAUUCACCAUUUUUUUCUAAAAUUAUGCAUCCAAUUUUAUAA